AACAACACCGGUCACCGGUGACGAGAGUAGUGGCAUAUUUUAGUUCCGUUCGCAUUGCCCAAGCUGCGCUUGCCAAGUGAAAGCGGCAAACUGCUCAUCGCUUUAUUUCAGGGUACCUCAGGUGCUGUUUUCUCGCGGGGGUGAAGUUUAUUUGCUGCCGCAGUUGUCGGAGCUGGACCAUUUGCCAGGAGCAUUCCGUGACAUAGUUCCAGAACGACAGCGCAGUUGACCCGAAACAAGACGCCAUUGUUGUAAUCCAGAUGAAAACAGUGAUCAGCUGUCGUCCAGAAGUAAUGAUCGCUGGCCUUAGGUCGAAAUUUCAGAGUUUUGGCCUCACUACGAGCUCUGGAAGUUCGAAGAGCCUUAAGAAAAGUAAAAGAAUAGAGGAGUACCCUCGAAGACUUGCGGAAAACUUUUUCGCCUAGGCUUCUUGUGUCGAACGUUCGAACUGUGACGCGACAACUUUUGUGUUCCUGUAAUUUUGUUCGUGCUCUUGUAGUCUCAGUGGGACAAUGAAGCUUCUGGAGAGCAGUCGCUUCGAGGCCAUCAACUCAGCGUUGUGCUUCGAGACUGGUGAUUGCAAGAUUGUUGGCAGGAUUGAGAGCUACUCUUGCAAGAUGGUGGGAAGCGAUAAGCGGUUGUUCAAGACCAUGAAUGCUGAAGCAGGUGGUGGCCCAAAUGACUUACAAGCACUAUCGCCACCACAGAGUGUACUCAUUUCGCAGAGUCCAAGCAGACUUUACAGCCGGAGCCAAAGUGAUGAUGGAGAGUGCCACUUAUGUGACACUAUUAGUCGCAAGACUCUGUUUCACUUAAUUGGCACCCUGAAUGCAUCCUUCCAUCCCGACUAUGAUUUCAGCCAGGCCAAGAGUGACGAAUUCAGCCGGGAGCCCAGUCUGGACUGGGUGAUGAACACUGUGGACAGCAACCUGUUUGCAACAGCUAACCAGGCAUACAGCGCACUCCGAAGCCACCUGUGGGCAGCCGUGGAAAGUGAAAUCUCACUGACUGAAUGUGAGAUCUUCAGUUACAACCCAGAUCUGGCCUCGGAUCCUUAUGGGGAAGAUGGUUGCCUGUGGUCUUUUAAUUAUUUCUUCUACAACCGCCGGCUCAAGCGCAUUGUCUUCUUCACCUGCCGGGCAGUCAGUGCAAACAGCUUUGAGUAUGGCCGAGAUGAUCUGGAACUGGAAAUGAACAUGGAGCUGGAAGAAGAGUCUGUGGCCACUACCAGCAGAGCCACGCAAGAGGCAUUUUAAGAGUACGCCUCAAGAAUUGUGAAUUGCUCCAGCAGCAAGCAGCCAGGCAACUUGCACCAGGCACAUCACUGGAAUCUCCCGUCCGCUUUUUGCACCUGUUCGUUCAGUACAUUCAAUACAUUUUCCACAUUAGCGCACAAGCUAUAUAAUUGGUUGAUCACAUGGUACCCUCAAAAAAUUUGUAUAUAAAACUACAUUGUAUGCACAUCAAACAUAUGCCAAUUUUUAACUGUACAGUCAAGGAUUUUAGACAAAAAUCUUGCUUUAUUGCCCGGUGUAACAAAAUAGUACCUGCCUUUAAUGAAACAUCCCUUGCCUUUGAGUUGCACUUUCUCUACUGUCUAUGUCUUUCUAUGUUACUCAUUGCAUCCAGCUAGUGCAGGAUACUAGAAUGAGCGCUUUGAAACCACACCAGGAUUGCGGUAAACUACGGCUGUUUGAAUAUGACCAUGUCAUGGGAGGAAAACUUUAUAUAAAGUUUUGUUGGGAAUUCUGCAGUUAUCUCUGCUUGUUACUCUGAUCUAGAUACAGUUAAACCUGGAUAUAAUGAAAUUGACAAAUUCCCGAAAAACUUUGUUAUAAAGAGGAUUUUGUUAUAUGCAGGUUUGGCAGGAAAAUGCGAAAAAGAAACGCUUACUGUAUUUACUCGAUUCUAACGCGUCCUUGAUUGUAACACGCACCCGUUUUUCGUUUUCGUCGAAGCACUCAUCCUUGGAAUGUCACACCAGGUACUGGAUGCGUGGACGCGUGUCGUUUCGCACAAGCGCGAGGCAUUGGAAACGAAGAGCGAGCGUCACAAUGGCGUCGUUGCGUCGUAUAGUGUUACAGUAGAACCCCCCCCCUGUUACGUUUCCGGGUGCUGCGUUUUCCCGGCUGUUACGUCGUUUUCGGCCGGUCCCGGCACAGCUCCCAUAGAACCCAAUGCAUUGGUAACCCCGCUGUUGCGUCGCAACUGUGGGACCGUUCCCGCAUCAUACAUUGCGAACUGCCACCCUGCGCCGGCCCGUGCGGCCAUUUUGACUUUUCAUGUCACUUGGCUUGUCGCCCCCGGCCAAAGUGCCGGGGGCGACAACUAUGACGUAUUUUCGGUUUCCGUCAGCAAAAGUAUGGCCUUUGAGAUCCUUAUUUGCUGUCUAAAGAUGGUGUCUAUGACGCGUUGUAGCCCUAAAAUUGGUUUUGGCUCAUAGAUGUUUCGUAUUAAGUCCAAGGGCGAUAACGCAGUCACCGCGCGCCGUAUGCUGUUUGUGCGAGUGAAAACGUGCGAGAGGAGCCGACAACUGCGUCUAAAUCUCACGCGCGCAAGAAGGAAAAGCAGGGAGGAAGCGCACCUUCUUCCGUUGCGCUCGGGGCACCGGCGAGGGAGCGAGGGGGGGGGGGGGGGGAUAGCGGGCGGCGUUGUACUGUACUCUUGCAUCAACUGCAAACUGCGUGGCGGCGCGCAGUCGCGCGGGCUGUAUUUUGAAACCGAUCUGCGUUGGGGCAGAGUCUAGGCAGUGUAGGUGCGUCGGCGGUACACUGUAUCGGUGGCUCGUAGCAUUGUGUGCUGUGUAUUCUCGGCGCUCAUAUUGCGUUGCAGGAAUAGACAACAGCACGAAGGUCACAUCGCUCGCUUCUGCAGCGGCGCUUCCACACACCGCCAGCGUGUGACAGCGCGUGUCCGUGCUCAUCGAGUGUGAUGUGUCACAGCGUCUGCCAGUGCGUCGGCAACAUCAACUGGAAAUAGGAGAGUGCCGGCUUGGCGGGCUAGGCCAGCUGCAGCAAGCGGCAGGAUCAGGUUUGAAUGAAGGGAGGGGGAAAGGUCAUGCCCGCGGCGGCAAGGUCACCGGGUCGAGGGAUGCAGGCCCGCCUUGCACACGUGCGCUCGCUUCGCAUUCCGUCGCGGCGGAGAAAGUGCUUCCGGUUGCUGCUCGCGAAAAAUGACAAAAUUUGGGGCGAAAUCUCUAGGUUGUCGGCGGGGAAAAUUAGUUAUUUCGAGGCGGUCUCCCGCUGCCACUUCGUUACGUAGAGGUCUCAAAUACAUGUGCUUCUAUGGAGAACGGUGGGGAAAAGAAAAACUUCGUUAUAUCCAGGAAUUCGUUAUAUGGAGGUUCGUUAUAAGCAGGUUUAACUGUAACACCUAAGCAAUAAGCUGUAAUAGACUAAAGUUCUUCUUUUUGCUGUAUUUUUUGUCUAAUGAGAGAUUGUCGUGGCAAAGCAGAAUUCGCUCAGUCUAGUUCCUUCUAUGUGUGGUGUGUUUACAUAACUGCGUCACCAUUGCGUAUAUUGAUGCAGUUGCAGCAGUGGUCUGCAACAGGAGACAUAGGCGUUCAGAAGGUGGCAGUUUGUCAAAUAGAUGUGUUUUCUUCUGCAUAGCCAAAUGAUAUAUGCUGCUCUUUGCUUGUACACAUAGCCAUUUACCAGUACAAACUAUAAGAGAACACUUAUAGUAGCAAACCCAUCUGUUGUGUGUUCUUUGCAAUAUAUUUUUUUUCUUUUUCCCAUUGGCUGCAUGGUAUGACACAAAAGGCAGUAGCUGCCACUGUUUGUUUUAUACUACCGGUUUAGUGUGUGAAAAGCAAAAUGGUAUGUGCAGUUUUAAUGGUUUCUUUUUAAUGUACAUUUUACAGCUAUUUAAUCCAGAACGAAAUAAAGAAAAAAAGUGA